UUAUUCAGUGGCGGAAACAGGCUUCCAUAGAAAAGUACUUAACUAAGCAUAAGCAGCCGUAACCAACAUCCCAUGAAUGCGCUGACUGAAAAAAAUAUAUAUUUUCAGCUCACUUCAUUUAUUGACUGAUGCUUCUUAGCCACUCAGACGGUUUGAAGGCUCAUGCCCCCGACCAAGUCGCUCUUUUCUGUCACUCUGAUUUAAUCUCAAGACAGACUGAUGGUGUCCUAUUGUGUUACUGUCAGAAACUGUCUGUUCUCGGUUUGGUUAAAAUGGUUGUAUUCAGUGAACUUGUGACCUUGAUGUGGUUGCAGUCUCUUCUUCCUCCCGUACACCUCUCAACAACAGUGAAGAUUGUUGUCACAUAGAUGGUAAGAGCACAAAUGCAAUCGACCUAUCGGUAAGCCCCUCCCCUCGAACACAGACUAGCCAAUGGCAGUUGAGUAUCAGUUGUACGGGGAGCGGAACUCGGACAUCUUUAGGUUUCAGCACCAUAGAGAAACAUUGGAAGAUCCGAAGCUCGCAUCGGUUUUAUGGGGUUUAUGCUUCAAAAAUGGAAAAACGAUUUGCCUGGGGUACUCGUAACACUGAUUCCAGGUAUCCUGAGAGGAUGGGCAAUAUCAUUUAUUUUAUUACAUUUCCUGAAUCCAAACAAAACAGAGCAAAAUGUCCCUAAUUAUUCACCCCAAUGAAGACAAAAACGUUCAUUUUCUGGUUGAUAUACACUCAUUAAGUUACAAUUUUCAUCUGCUCAAGCAGAACGUUAAUGUUAUCUUGUGCUUUAGCAAGGUAUCUCUGGCUAAAACUAGCUAACGUUAAAGUUAGUGAGUCCAUGCUACAAACCUAAAUAGCGGAAUGUUCUCGCGUCUUGUACAGUGUAGGUCAAAAACACACAAACAAAGGUCGACAUUUCAGUGCCUCUGGUUAAAUGUACAUUAAUUUAAUCGUACCCUGCGAUACAUGAACAGUGUUGAUCCACGAUCGUGAUGACCGACCGUAAUAUGAGACUUCUCCUGCUUGCAUUGUGAUCUGUAAACCCUCACUUCAAGUUACCCACCGUAUUUAUUUUUAAAUAUUUUAUAAAUCCCUCCAUGGAAUAUUUAAUUACCAUUUGGCCUUCUGUGUCCAAAAUUGUGCAAAAACAUCAACAAUAACUAAGGGGGGCUUACUGAUAGGUCAAUUGUAUACUUUUUUUCUCUACCUUACAUGCAAUCCACGUGGGCACUGUAGCCAUCUGGAUGCUCCAGCCCUGCAAACCUGUAGAAUAGGCUGCAAGACAAACAAAAAUAGAGCACAAAGUGUUUAGAAAUAAAACAUGCUCACUCUGAAGUGCAAAAUCUGUCAUUAUAGUUGAGUGCAUGCAUCAGGCUGCUCUUAUGCCCUUGGCUUCAAAGCAAAUGCAUAACCCGAGCCAAAGCAUGCAAUGUGCUGAAUCACAUAUUCAAUCCAGCUGUAACAUACUUUAUCUGCCAGUUUUUGAGGGUUACAGGACUGCCAUUGAAUGUGAAGCUUGCAGGGAUGUUUGAGGGCGUUAAAUAUCCUAAAUUUAAAAGGUCAUUGAUGAAUAACGAUGUCUGUGAUAAUACAAAGGUGAAAUCUGUUUGAAAAAGUGUCAAGUUCUUAGAAAUGUUUUUGUUUUUUUUACAAAUUGUUUACAUUUUCAAAAAAUGUUUACACCAUUUUCAAAAUAGAGUCACUCUAAGUAAAAAGUCAUCUUAAUCAUAAUUUGAAAGUUUUUAAACAUUUUUCAAAGGUAUAAAAAAAAAACCUUUUACAACUUUUUUUUAAAAUAUCAAUGUCAUGAAGGUUUUCUUACACUUCAUGAGCAGAUACUGACCUUUUCAUAUACACCGAGCUGGGUAGAUUACUUUUCCAGAUUACAUGACAAAAAUUGUAGUCAGUAACGUAAUCCGUUACAUUACACAUUUUAGGUAAUAUAAUCAGAUUACUUUUAGAUUACUUUUGAUUUAACUCGUUUAUUACAUCGAUUUAAAUAGCAUUAUCUUGUACCAUAAUGAUGUAAAAAAUGCAAAGAGUAAGAAAACUUGUUCCAUUCAUUGUAAUUUACAACAUGAAGUGCAUUUAACAUUAUAUUACAUCAAGGUUUCCCAAACUAGGGUUCGUAAAGGAACUGCAGGGGGGUUGUGAGUUUAAUGAAAAGCUGACAAUUAAUUAAAUCAUAAAAUAUUAAAAUGAAAAUAAAUCAUUUUAAAACAAACUCCCUUUCGAGGAAAGUCUCGUCACUCGGCGGCCAUAUUUGUAACGCCUCCGGGCAGCUCGUACAAGACUUUCGUAAUGAAUGGGGGAAUCCUGAAAUCUCAAAAACUGCUCGCUGACCUCACAAUUAAAUUACAUGUCAAAUCAGCAAAAAAAAAAUCUGAAAUUAAUUGCCCUAUGAAUGUUGUUUCUUAUGCUAAAUAGUGUUUAAAAAGCUUAUUUUUCAGGCUAGACCAGUCAAUUCAGGCUAGACUAGUCAGGUUUCUAUGGGAAAUAUGGCUCUUUCAUUUAGAAAGUGGGACUAUUCCUCCAUAUUGCGCGUUGCAGUUUCUCCCAUUCAUAAGUAUAGGAGUAAAUAAAACACUUACUAAAAAAGAUGAAAUAUUUUUAUUUACCUGCAUUAUUGAAAUAUUUAUUUUAAAAUCUCAGGGGUACUUAAAGCAAAUAUAUUUGCUGAAUAAGGUUUAGAUGACAAAAAGUUUUGGAAUGCCUGCAUUAUUACAUGUAACUAAGAAAUAAUGUGAAUAUGUGCAUUUUAGUUAGUUAUAAUUAAUAAUACAUGGUUAAAAAACCUACAAAGUAAUAAUUCAAAUAAAAAUGAAUGUGUUCAUCAGUAGUUUACAUUUACAUUUAGUCAUUCUGCAGAUGCUUUUAUCCAAAGCGACUUACAGUUGGGGAAUACAUAAAGCGAUUCAUCUUAAAGAGGCAAUCAGAGGAAGUGCUUGUAAUGCCAAGUCUCAGGCAUUGUUCAAAUAAGUACAAGCUAGCAAGGGAAGGAAUAAAUAAAGAGAAAGAGAAAGUUUUUAAGUUUAGGAUGAAGUCAAGUAGUGUCGAAACAGAUGAGUUUUCAGCUGUUGCUUGAAGAUUGACAGGGAUCCAGCACUCCGGAUAGUUGUGGGAAGAUCAUUGCACCAGCCAGGAACGGUGAACGAGAAUGUUCUGAACAGUGAUUUUGAGCCUCUCUGUGAUGGUAUCACGAGGCGUCGCUCACUAGCAGAUCUCAGACUUCUGGAGGGGAUGUAGAUUCGUAAUAGUGGAAGUAGGCGGGUGCUGAUCUAGUGGUUGUUCUAUAUGCAAGCAUCAAUGUCUUGAACUUGAUGCGAGCUGCAACCGGUAGCCAGUGCAAGGAGAUAAAGAGAGGUGUAACAUGGGCCCUUUUGGGCUUGUUGAAGACCAGUAGUUGAUGAAAUGUUGAAACCCUUCUUAAACCUGAAAUUAUUUUUGUAAAUCCAGCGGUCAAAUGCUGUCGCCACCCGACUAAUGACUGAUCUUUGUGUGAAUGUCCACAAAACUGGACUAUAUAUAUAUAUAUAUAUAUAUAAUAUGUAUAUAAUCGGUAGGCUAUUUUAGAAAGGAAUCACAGAAUUUUCAUUUUUGGGUGAACUAUCCCUUUAAUUACAGCCAAAACACAUACAGUACCACAUCAAUAUAAUCGCCUACACGAUCUGCCAAAUAUAUGAUUUUCAUCCCCAUCACCUUUAGCAUCACUUUUUCCCCUGUUAAAAAUUCCUUACUGGUCAAUCACAACCGCAUGAGAAACUUAAAAAAUAUUGAUAGUGUGUAAAUCAGAGUUUGCAAGGCUUUGAAGACAUUAUAACAGAGGCUUUGUGAAUUUAGUAACGAGGCGCCACCUGCUGGUCGAAUGCCUGUUUUAUUCCCAAUAGAUAUGAAGGAAACCGUUUAAAAUGUCAAUUUUUUGUUUUUCAUUUUGUGCCAUUUCAUGUGCCUGUAAUUCAAUUAUAUUUUAUCGCGUUUUCUACCCUGUUCUCUACAUUUUCUGUCAUCCUGGAAACUGCGAUGGUGAUACGCCUUUAAAAGUGAACCAUGGCCCGACGUCAUGACGUACAAUACGUACAGCGCGCGCUUGAUAUAUAUUCAUGAGGGUCGCUUUCCUCCGUCUCUUCCCCGCGUGACAAGCGGUGCAAACCUGAGUCCACCGUUCAUCGAAAAACAUCUGGAAAAAUGGUGAACUUCACAGUAGACCAGAUCUGUGCCAUCAUGGACAAGAAGUCCAAUAUCCGUAACAUGUCUGUGAUUGUGCACGUUGACCACGGCAAGUCCACUUUGACAGACUCUGGUGUCAAAAGCUGGUAUCAUUGCCUCGGCCGUGCUGGAGAAACCCGUUUCACAGAUAAGGAGAAGGAGCAGGAGCGCUGCAUCACCAUCAAGUCCACGUGAGUGUUAAACACUUUCGUCUGUUUUUAUUCAAAUGAUAAAAAUUGCUGUCUUGUAGGUGUGUGCAUCCAGACAGAGACCAUGCUCAGACAGGCCAUUGGUGAGAGAAUAAAGCCAGUAUUGAUGAUGAACAAGAUGGACCGUGCAUUGCUGGAGCUGCAGCUGGGCCCUGAAGAGCUGUACCAGACCUUCCAGCACAUCAUUGAGAACGUCAACGUGAUCAUCUCCACCUAUGGCAAGGAUGAGAAUGGCCCUAUGGACAACAUUAUGAUUGAUCCAGUCAUUGGUACUGUUGGCUUUGGAUCUGGACUGCUGAUGUAUGUGAAGUUUGCUGCCAAAGGUGGCCCAGCUGAGCGGUGCAAGAAGGUGGAGGACAUGAAGAAGCUUUGGGGAGACAGGUACUUUGACCCUUCCUCUGGCAAGUUUAGCAAGUCUGCCACUUCAGAUGGCAAAAAACUCCCCAGGACUUUUGCCCAACUGAUCCUGGACCCUAUCUUUAAAAUCCUGCCUGGAGACCCCAUGGAAGCCAAUUCCAAGCCUGCCCAGAUUGUGGCUGACACACGAAAGCGCAAGGGACUCAAAGAAGGCAUUCCAGCUUCAGACAACUACUUGGACAAAUUCUAG